CACAGUGCAGCAUCCUGGUUUCAUUUUUUUUUUCAUGCUACCUGUUUCAAAUUUUUGUAAAACGCCCAUUAUUUUAACACUGUAGUUUUUGUUUUGUUUGUUGUGUCAUGUUAAUUGAAUGUAUUGAAUGGAUCGAUUAAAUCUAUACAUUUAAUAAAUUUAUAUCGUGUAAACGAAUCUUUAUGUCGUUAUUUCCUAUUUCUAUGGAAAGUAAGCAUUGAUUGGCACCCGUGAGAAAGAAUCAGCGCGAAAAAGGAAGCGCGUGCCCGUGGCGAAAGUAGUCGAAGGUUGUCGAAUGAUAAUAUACUUAGAAAACGGAUUAUGAAAACACGAAAACAACACGAAAUCGAUUAAAAUGAAUGUUUCAUACAUGGAAAUUAAUUGUUGGAUAAAUUACGAAAUGGGAUUUUUAUAAAUUGAAAAAAAACAUGAUGCCGAAUAAUUCUCCUACGAAUACAACGUGCAAAGAAGGGUCUCCCCUCAGACCAUGUAAUGAUGAUUUAGAGGUUGGAAACACAAAAGGCAAUGAGGUUACAAACAAUGGAUAUUUCGGGAGACCGUAUCAAAAAACACUUUUACCCGAUGUACGGAUUUCAUCAGCUGACGAACGACCAUCCAAAAGCAAGUUCCGUGUCCGCAACGUUAGUCCUAUGCAAGUGCCUAGGCAUAAAACAAGCUUUGCGUGUUACCGGAUAUUAGUUCCCGAAACAAAUACGGAAAAACUAGUACUUUUCGUUUGUCUUACUGUGUUUUUCACCUUACUCGCCUCGUUAGUAUAUUUCUUCGUGAAAAUAGAAUGCAUAUUUGGAGAUAAAGAUCAAAAAUGUAAAAGUAACUGGUUCUCAAAUAAUGAACCUGGUGUAUGUAUGAAAGAAGAAUGCGUUAAGACAGCUGCUUCAUUAUUGUCAGCGAUGGAUCCAACUGCAGAUCCUUGUGAUGAUUUUUAUCAAUUUGCUUGUGGUACCUGGGAUAAAAGGCAUUUAAUUCCUGAAGAUAAAAGCAGUAUCAACACAUUUGAAGUGCUUGCUGAUCGAUUACAAGUUAUUUUAAAAGGACUUCUAGAAGAAUCAGUAAAUCGACUUGACAGUUCAGCAACAAUUAAAGCAAAACUAUUUUAUAAAUCGUGCAUGAAUAUUACUCAAAUCAGAUAUAUUGGAGACUUGCCUAUCCGUGAGCUCUUAAAGUCAAUUGGAGGCUGGCCGGUGAUCGAAACAAAUUGGCGACCACCUGAUUAUAGUAUUGAAGUUUUGCUUGGUCGAUUAAAAAAAGAAUUCAAUGAAGGAAUCAUAAUUGAACCAUGGGUUGGGCCAGAUGAUAAAAACUCUUCUGUAAACAUCCUUCAGUUGGAUCAAAUGCAAUUGGGAUUACCGAGCAGAGAUUAUUUUUUAAAAGACAGUAGUGCUGAAGCAUUACAAGCUUAUCAUAAAUAUAUGUCUGAAGUAGCUGUGUUAUUAGGGGCAAAUAAGUCAACAGCACCUUUUGAACUAUUAAAAAUUAUUGAAUUUGAAAUUGAAAUAGCAAAUAUUACUCAAACGGAAACCGAUCGGCAUGACACGACUGGCACAUAUUUAAAACUUCCAUUAAAAGAUUUACAAAAACAAGUUCCAGAAUUUGAUUGGCAAUUAUAUCUGAAAACUAUUUUACAAAUUAAACUUUCCGAUCAGGAACCUGUAGUUAGUUAUGCUAUGUCAUACUUUACACAACUCGGUCAUCUUAUAAAAAGAACUGAUAGAAGGGUUAUUCACAAUUACAUUAUCUGGAGACUAGUUCAAAGCACUGUACUUCCGCAUAUGAUUGAUGAUUUUCAGUAUAAAAGAUUAAAUUUUAAGAAAAUAUUAUUGGGAAUUCUCAAUGAACGAAGUAGAUGGAGAGAUUGUGUAGAUUGGACUAACAAGCGACUUGGAAUGGCAGUUGGCGCUUUAUUUAUAAGAGAUAAUUUCAGCUUGGAGAGUAAAGUGACUGCUAUGGAUAUGAUACAAUCAAUUCGAGAAGCAUUCAAUGAGCUUUUAAAUGAAAACCAUUGGAUGGACGAACAAACAAGAAUAGUGGCCAAAGCAAAGGCGGAUGCUAUGAAAGAACGAAUUGGAUAUCCAGAAGUAUUAACAGAUCCGGACGAGUUGGAAAAAGAAUAUACUAUGUUGAAUGUAACAGAAAAUCAAUUUAUUCUUAAUGUAUUUAAUGUACUAAAGUUUGAUGCUUAUCAAAAUUUAGAAAGACUAAGAAAACCCGUUGACAAAGAUAAAUGGUCAACAGAACCUGCAGUGGUUAAUGCAUUUUAUAAUCCGAAUAAAAAUCAUAUUGUCAUCCCUGCUGGUAUUCUUCAACCUUUAUUUUAUAGUCAACAUUUUCCUAAAUCUUUAAAUUAUGGUGGGAUUGGUGUAGUAAUCGGUCACGAGAUCACUCACGGAUUCGACGAUAAAGGUCGACAGUUUGAUAAAAAUGGUAAUAUGAUCGAGUGGUGGGAUUCUAAAACAAUAUAUACGUUCAGGGAAAAAGCUCAGUGUAUGGUGGACCAAUAUUCAAAGUACAAAAUGCAAGAAGUAAAUUUACACGUUAAUGGACGCAUGACUCAGGGCGAAAACAUAGCUGACAACGGCGGACUUAAGCAGUCAUUCCGGGCUUAUAAGAAAUGGGUGUCCAAACAUGGAGAAGAACCAUUACUUCCUGGCAUUAAAAUGUCACACGACCAACUGUUUUUUUUAAAUUACGCACAGAUUUGGUGUGGUUCAAUGCGACCAGAAGACGCACUGACAAAAGUCAGAUCCUCCGUACACUCGCCUGGGCCCACACGAGUUUGGGGUCCCUUGUCGAAUUCCGAUGACUUUGCCAAAGCAUAUAAAUGUGCACCUGGAUCUCGAAUGAAUCCUGUCGAUAAAUGCAUUGUUUGGUAGAAUUCGUUACUACAUAGGUUAUAUUUACAUUUCAUAUCUGAAUUCUAUUUGUUAUUGAUAAACCAUUUAUUUUAUUCCCACAUUUUAGCUGUUUACUCAUAAUACAGGGCAAAGUACUUACAAAGCAUAUCAUAUUAAAAUAAUAGACAAGCAAUUUGAUAAUAGGCUCAUAAUCAAAUUGAUAAUUUUCUCAUAAAACUCAUGUUUCACUUUAUUAUUUUUAUCUGAUAUUCUGACUAUUGUGAAUUGUGAUUAUCCUAAACUACAACGUACCAAUAAUUAAAAGUUAAAACUCAAUAUAUCACCAUAAUUUCUUAUUUUUACAACUUACAAAUAAUUAUUUACAAAUUAUUAAAACGUUUAAAUUUGUUCGAUGAAUUAAUAUAAAAUUACUAUUUAAUACUAAAAUUACUACUAAGGUACUUUGAAAAUUUGCCUUGUAUUGUAGCUUGUAAACAGAUCACCAAAAUAUUUUUAAUUUAGUCGUAGGUUUUUUCAAACGUGUGCGUGUGUUAAAUCAUUGUUUUGAAUUGAUUUAUAAAUUAUACAUAAAAAGUAGUAUAGGUAGUUACGAAUAUAAUAUCAAUUAAAUUAUUUAAUUCAUUUUUUGACUAAAAAUAAAUUAUAAUAAUAAGGUUCGAAAAUGAUUCCUUAUUAUUAUUUUUUUUUAAUUUAAUUAUUUUUUUAUAAUUAAAAUAACGUAAUUUGACUUUUACAUUUUUAUUUGUUUAUAAAUUCUAAUAAGGUAGUUAUUAUUAGUGUUGCACAACGAUAUGUUUUCAGUCACAUCGAUAUCGAUGAAAUUGGUUCGAUAUCGUUGUACAUCACUAGUUGUUAUAAUAGUUUAUUAUAAAUACGAAAAUAUGUAAGUAGGUAUUUGACAUUUUUCCCAUUUAAUUUUUGGUUAUAAUAUAGAAAAUUUAGUACAAUAUUUAAAACACUGAAAAUUCGAACCUUGUUUAUAGUAAAAGAUUAAAUCAAUAAAUAUUAAUCGACGAGAAGUGUUAUCUGAGAGGACAUUUUAAUUACCAAAUAGUAUAAAUAUGACCACAAAAGAAGAAACAAUUGAGGGUAAAGACAAUCACGGGAAAAGGAUUUCCAGGGGUUAUUAUAAGUGCCAAUAUAUAUGUUUACUUAUUUUUUAAGUUAGGUAAAAAUAUAACUUAAUCAAAACAUUAGAUUUAAAAUAUUUUAAAAUGUUUAUGAUAAAUCAAAGGCACAAAAUUAAAUAAAUUUGGGUCUUAGCUAUUGGUAAUUAUUGUUGGUAAUAAUUGGUAGAUUAAAUUUUGAUGUUUUCGGAAGAGUUAUAAUAAUACUCAUAAUAUUUUAUUUUAAUAGUUAAGCAUGAAUUUGCAUAUAAUAAAAUAAUAAUAAUAUAUACACACACACACACAUAUAUAUAUAUAUAUAUAUUAUAUUAAUCAUUGUUUUCUUCCAAUUUUGCCAGAGUAUAUUUAUUUUGUCAUUAAUAUUUAAAUUUAAAUGUUAUUUUUACAUCUACUUUAUUAAUAACUGAUAAUGAAACUAAAUUACCUACUAUUUGUGAUCUCAAUUUUAAGUUUCAAUAUAUUAUGUUUAUUAUUAAAAAAAAAUACUUAUCUCAUGAUUAAAAUAUACAUUUUUUUACUAAUUUUACAUGCACUUUUAUGUCUUAAUUAAAUAUAACCAUAUUAUAUACUUUAAGCCUAUGUGUUAACGAUUCUAGUCUGUUCAUGUUGUUUUUGACACCACAUCGUUUAAGAAAUAUUUACAAUUUGUUCGCUUUCAAUACGCAUAAAUAUAAAUAUAUAAUAUAUAUAUAUAAAUUAAAAAAGAAAAUUACGAAUGUUUUACAAUAAUGAUAAUAUUGUUUGUUGUAUUUAGAAACAUAUCACCUACUGUGUACAUGUAUGCGUCGUGCGUGUUAAUUUCUUCGAAAUGUCUUCUAUAUUUAUAUUAUAAAUGCUUCCUAUAUCUACGCAAAGUUCUGUGUGUAUUGAGUUUGAAUUCGAUACAUUUAAUGAAAAUUACAAUUAAAAUGUCUAUAUCCAUUUGGAAUAUCUCAUUAUUAUAUGUAAGUUUCAGUAGCUUUGUAGUUUAUCAGUUAGUAGCCUAACUGACCAUGCUGUACUUUGUUAUGGGAAAAACAAACGGCCAAUAUAACUACCGAUUUUAAAUCCUAAAUGAACGUAUGUAAAUCCCACCAAUUUAUAAUUUUAAGCUAUAUAUUAAUUCCAACCAGAUAUAAUAGAUAUAUAUUGAUGACAUGUAAUAGGUGUAUGAUAUUAAAUACAGUUACAAUAAAACAAUCAAUAUAAGACAA